AUGGGGAAAGGUGUCUAUAUCAUCAUUUACAAAAAUGUAACGGUUUCAGUGCAGACACUCACAAUAUUGUUGAUCUGUUUUUUUUGCAGGAGGGAGACAUUUAACCAUCUAGCUAGCUGGCUAGAAGAUGCAAGGCAGCAUGCAAAUGCAAAUAUGACGAUCAUGCUUAUUGGGAAUAAGUGUGAUCUUGCUCACAGGAGGGCAGUGAGCACAGAGGAAGGAGAGCAGUUUGCAAAGGAGCACGGCCUUAUAUUCAUGGAGGCUUCUGCCAAGACUGCUCAGAAUGUUGAGGAGGCAUUCAUUAAGACAGCCGCAACAAUAUACAAGAAGAUUCAAGAUGGUGUGUUUGAUGUGUCAAAUGAGUCAUAUGGAAUCAAAGUGGGAUAUGGAGGAAUUCCAGGACCAUCAGGUGGAAGAGAUGGUAACACCUCGCAAGGAGGAGGGUGCUGCGGUUGAGAUGGGGAAAGGUGUCUAUAUCAUCAUGUAAAAAAUGAUCACAUAUGAUAUAGCAAAAAUGUCUCUGCUCUUCUUUCAAUAGUUUGUAAAUCGUUUUGGAGUUCGAUUUGUUGACUUUGUCGUGGUGGGUUUUGGAACGGUUUGACAAUGCACGUGUAUUUCUAUUCAUAUAAUCUAAAAUUAAGAUGUGUUUUGCGUAUA